CGGGGCCUCUGCGCUGAACCCCGGGAACCCGGAGACUGAGACAUGGCUGCUCCCCGAGACGCCGAGAUCCGGAAGGACGUGCAGGACUACUACGGGCAGGUGCUGAAGACCUCUGCGGACCUCCAGACCAACGCCUGUGUCACCCCAGACACCCCGGUCCCCGAGCACAUACGACAAGCCCUGAGGAAUGUACAUGAAGAAGUUACCGCGAGGUAUUAUGGCUGCGGUCUGGUUAUCCCCGAGUGUCUGGAGAAUUGCUGGAUUUUGGAUCUGGGUAGUGGAAGUGGCCGAGAUUGCUAUGUUCUUAGUCAGCUGGUCGGUGAGAAGGGUCAUGUCACCGGAAUAGACAUGACUGAGAGCCAGGUGGAAGUGGCUAAAAACCAUCUUCACUACCACAUGGAAAAAUUUGGCUUCCAGACAUCCAAUGUGACUUUUCUUCAUGGCUGCAUUGAGAGGCUGGCAGAGGCUGGAAUCCAGAAUGAGAGCUAUGAUAUUGUUGUAUCAAAUUGUGUUAUUAACCUGGCCCCUGAUAAACAAGAAGUGUUGCGGGAGGCAUUUCGAGUGCUGAAGCUUGGCGGGGAGCUAUAUUUCAGUGACGUCUAUGCUAGCCUUGAAUUGCCAGAAGAAAUCAAGACACACAAGGUUUUAUGGGGUGAGUGCCUGGGUGGUGCUUUGCACUGGAGGGAUCUUGCCAUCCUUGCCCAGAAGAUUGGGUUUUGCCCUCCACGUUUGGUCACUGCCCAUUUCAUUACAAUUCAAAACACAGAGCUACAAAGAGUUACUGGUGACUGUCGCUUUGUUUCUGCUACGUAUCGUCUUUUCAAGCUCCCUAAGACGGAACCAGCCAAGAGAUGCCAAGUUGUUUACAACGGAGGGAUCACAGGACAUGAAAAAGAACUAAUAUUUGAUGCAAACUUCACAUUCAAGGAAGGGGAAGUGGUUGAAGUGGAUGGAGAGACAGCGGCUCUCUUGAAGAAUUCACGCUUUGCCCAAGAUUUUCUCUUCAGACCAAGCGGAGCGACCCUGGCAGGCAGUCCUGCAUUAGAAUCUAAGGAUGUCAUCACAGAUCCAUUCAAGCUUGCAGAGGACUUCGACAAGAUGAAGCCCAAAUAUGGCCCUGCUGCUGCUGCUGGAGGCUGCUGUGGCAAAAAGAAAAACUGCUAACAGGGAGCAGGCCAGGAGUGGACUAGAGGCUAAAGAACGAAUCUCAUGAUUUCUAACCUGAUUUCCCCGAUCGCACAGGUCAUAGGAAUAAAUGACAAAAGGUACCGUGUAAUAGGUCACUAAUAAAAAUUAGGAGGAUUGUGUUUUUUUGUGGGGGAUGGGGAAGGUAUCUAUCAAAGGUAUAUCACAAAUAACCUGAUUGAAGCAGUUUUCAUUUAACUAAAUCAAGAGGUCUGGGGCCACCUAGUGGUUAGAAGUGGAAGUGAGCAUCAGUCUUCUGGCUUGAUCCAGAGACCCAAGUUUCAGAAAUAAGUUAGCAGAGGGCAGCAGGAAGGACAUCUUCCCUCUGGACUGUCGCACAUCAUAUUUUGGAUUUUCCUCCAUGUUUAUGUGUUUUAAAAUGCCCCUACUUAAAUCAUGCUAGUCAUGCCAGAAGAUUGCCAAAUCAAAUUUGAUAAGAUUGCUCUUGAGGUAACUAUCUUCAACCUAAUUAAUUUUCUUUUAACUCAAUGAAGGAAAUAAAUGAAUAUUAACUUUCUUUUA